UUGGACGCGAGUGAUGGAACCUUAUCUGAAGUCUGAACGCUCUCGCCUCGCGUCCGGUUUCGACCGUCUACCCUCCAUUGCGGAACGCCGAGCCAUCAUUUUAAGCAUUUUUCUUAGAGAAGGAAAAAAAUGACUCUUCUCUCGUUCAAUUCUUGCACCCUUGCCUCGUCCCUACGCUUUCCUUGUUCCACAUCGGCCGUUGCUCCCCCCACUGUUUCCAGAUUUCACGUUAGACCCGUCGAUGUGCCUUCUAAGUUUUUUGGCGGAGUUCGAAAAUCACCAGCGUUCCCUUUUAGGAGAGCAGCCACAUUCGUUGUUAGAGCUGAUUCCGCUGAUGCUGAUGGAGCAGCUUCGGCAGAUGAGGGUGGGUCGCCUCCACAAGGCACGGGAGAGGUUGUGCCAGUUGACAAACUUACUUUGGAAUCAAAGCUGCGAGAGAGGGAAGAGCAGAGAUUGAGGAUGAAAAUGGCCAAGAAAAUUAGGCUUAGGAGGAAAAGACUUGUCAGGAAGCGCAGAAUGAGGAAAAAAGGAAGAUGGCCACCUUCUAAAAUGAAGAAGUUGAAGAAUGUCUGAUCGCGAGCACAAGUUAUCCUUCCUUACGAUUUGCGCUUAGCCAAUCCACAAUUAAUUUGUAUGUUAUUAAGUUUCGGUUGAAUACUUGAACCUGGACGGGGGUUGAUUAACAUUGGACUUCAUGCUGCCUUCAUCUUCACGGAUGAAAUGAUUCGUACGAUUUGAUGUUUAGUUAACAGCUCCUCUUGCACUGUGAUUUCCCAUCCCAUGUUUGCAGCUACAUCGUUGUUCCGUGGUUGUCGCAUGUUUUGAAACAAUUCUGGCAUUUAUUCUCCUCCUU